AUGGAAUUGGAUAGCGACGAAAAGGAGCUCAAGGCCGCCGGAGCAGAGCCGCUCGACGGCGGCCGACUUGGUCUUCGCAUUCGUGGGUGGGAAAUCGAAUCGCGCAAGUUCCCCAUUCUCAACUCUUCGCUUCUCCAACAGUGGGAACAGAAGCUUCAGACAUCCCACUUUCCAGAGAUGAUUUUUGGGGAAAGUUCUUUGGUUCUUAAGCACGUGAAUAGUGGCGUUAAGAUUCAUUUUAAUGCAUUUGAUGCUCUCCUUGGUUGGAAGCAGGAGUCAUUACCACCAGUGGAAGUUCCUGCUGCUGCACAAUGGAAAUUCAGAAGCAAACCUGAUCAUCAGGUGAUACUUGAUUAUGACUAUACCUUCACAACACCAUACUGUGGAACCGAUAGUAUUGAGACGAAUGCUAAGCCUGGAAGAGGAGCUCGUUGGGAAGACUGCGAUGAGAAAAUUGACAUGGUUGCCUUGGCAUCAAAAGAGCCUAUUCUUUUCUAUGAUGAGGUCAUCUUGUAUGAAGAUGAAUUAGCUGACAGCGGUGUCUCUCUUUUGACAGUUAAAGUGAGAGUCAUGCCCAGUGGUUGGUUUCUUCUCUUGCGUUUUUGGCUGAGAGUGGAUGGAGUGCUUAUGAGAUUAAGGGAAACGCGUAUGCAUUGCAUUUUUGGGGAAAGUUCGUUGCCCAUUAUUCUUCGAGAAAUCUGCUGGAGAGAAGCCACAUUUCAAGCCUUGUCAUUGAAAGGAUAUCCUACUGAUUCUGCUUCUUAUAAUGAUCCUGGCAUCAUCUGCAAAAGGCUCCCAAUCAUCAUGCACAAGACCCAAAAGCUUUCUAUCACAUAG